AACGAUACAAAUCCGGUUUUGGCCAUCGAUUUUUAAACCGCUUUCUUGUCUCGUGAUGUCAGAGGAUCCUUCAGCGGAAACUUAUUCGAGACCACGCAGAAGAUGCCAGAAACAAACUAAAACUCCAGAUCCUUCAUACUACCUAGGUUACGUUGAUGAUGAAGAGACUCCCGAAAUGAUCAUGAAAAAGUUUGAAGCGUUGGAACGCCUUCAACAGAACAAAGCGAAUCAAAGGCAGCAAGAAUGGGAGGAGUCACGAGGGGAAAAUACCGAUCUUUUAUCCGAGACGUUGGAAGGAGUAGUAAAUGAGUGUCACAACAGCAAUGAGCCCGAGGUUACGGACGGUUAUGACGUGUCGAUACAACUGACUGCGGAAGAACAAGCUGAACUUUUCAAGCAGACGAGUUUCUUCACUGUAAAUAUGUUAAAAGACGGUGGUGAAACGAUUGCUGCGUUACAAGAUGAAUAUUAUGAUGACCCAGCUGCUGCAUUUUCGGAACUGAUUGAGGUUAGUGAUUCGGAGGAUGAGGAAGUCUGGUCAGAUUCCGAUGAGGACGAACUGUGGUUAGAACAUGGCCAUCGUUCGAAGUCAAAACCAAAGGGCAUGCGGAAUAGUGCUAGUCUCGUCCACGCAUCGAGGCCUCUUGCUGUGCGAUCUUCUGCUUUCAAUGCUCUGAUUGCUUGGAGAAGACGAAGACGACAGUUGAUGAAUGUGGUCGUUCGUGAAGCUAUGCCUCCUGAUCCGUUACCACGCUCUUGGGCUAUUCCUAUCUUACCGUUAUCAUCGCUUACGAUAUCCGAGAAAAAAGGUCUCUAUUUAGAAAAGGAUAUUUGUUGUUUCGAUCUAAGGGAAUUAGGCAAAAGUUUUCAAUGUGUCUACAUGGAUCCUCCUUGGUCAGAGAACUUGCGCCCUUGCGAUGUGGCAUCGUUGAAAGGACUCCAUCACAUUCUGCCUUUUGGAUUUGUCUUUGUAUGGGUAGAGAAAUGGAUGAUCCCCGAAGUUAUCCAAGUUUUUGAAGCCAAGGGAUUUAACUAUGUGGAAAAUGUCUGUUGGAUUCACAAAAAUGUGAAUAACAAGAUUCGUGAGAGUGACUAUCGUUAUUUUCGGAUCUGCCAUUCUACUUUAUUGGUGUUGAGAAAGUUGGGUAAAACGAGUGCUGAAACGAUCCAAUUGCAACAUCAACGUAAUCCUGAUGUUGUUUAUGAUUUUCCUUGUUGGAAAAAAAGUCUUUCGGAGAGUCUUCCGAGACAAUAUCGUAAACCAACAUUUGUGUAUCAUAUCAUUGAGACGUUGUUACCUGACGGUCUUGAGAAGCUGCUUUUAUUAGAGCUGUGGUGUGAAGCCGGAUAUCAUCGCAAUGGAUGGAUUUCGAUAGCACAUCAACCGAGCCUUCACUCGAAAUAAAUGAACCCAAAACGUUCCUUUGGAA